GAAAAAUUGCAAUUCUAAUGUUCUAACUAAUAUUUCAUUUUACUUGUGCAUCAUCUAAUUAAACUAGAGUCCCUGCUAUCUAACUCUUAAAUAGAGAGUUACGACAAUGGCUUUAAAAUUGUCCGAAAUUGCUGGUUUGAGAAUAAUAAUGGAAUAGUUGGCGACGCUUCUCCACAAUCUGUUUUUCUUCCUCCGUCUUGGGAACUUUAAGCUUUCACAGUGAUUUUUAUUGUUAUUUUAAUUUCUUUUUUUUUAUAGUCGUGUCGAUGGAAUCUUGCAGUCAACAUUUAGAUCACUUUUCGACUAGCUAGAGCACUCGAGACAAUAGUAAAGCUCUGUACUUGAUGUCAAUGUAAGAUUCAAUCAUUUAUUGGCCCACAGCAGCAGAACUUUUCACGACAUUGCAGUCAAAAGGAGUUAUCCAUCAAUAAAAAUUUCUGGCCACUUUAAGACUGACUAGAUAAUUUUAAUUUAAACUGAAGCUCUAUGCAGAAUUACAAUAUUAUUUGUCAUCAUUACAUGCCAGCAGAAUUACCAGCAGAAUUUUGUAUGAAAUUAUAACCAAAGGAAACCUAUCACCUGUAAAAUUUCUGACCGCUUUCUGAUUAACUAGAAUGCUCUCGUUAUGAGAGUCCCUCUGCGUCUGAUGACAAUAUGGAUCAUCAACAUCACAGUGAGUCAGAAUCCGCAAGAUAUUUUAGUCAGUUUGAUGCUCAUGGAUAUUACAAAACAGAUGCUGUAUAUUUGAAUGCUGGUGCUCCUGGAACAGAUUUAUUACGUAUGCUCCCUCCCAUCAUUGAGGCUGCUACCAUUCACCAAAUGCAAGUAGAAAUGGAUGGAGAUGCUCAGCUUUUUCAAUAUGGCUCAGAAAAUGGCAACUGGCAGUUCAGGAGUUUCUUAGCUCAAUUUUUAUCCGAAGAAUAUGGGGAUGAUGUAAGAAGUGAAAAUCUAUUCCUAACGGCUGGAGCCUCUAGUGGAUUAUGGCUGAUUCUUAACUGUCUUUUUAAACGUGGCUCCUUUGUUUUCAUAGAAGACCCUUCGUAUUUUUGUGCUUUAAAGAUAUUUAAAGACUUGGAUAUGAAUAUCAUUCCAGUUAAAACAGACAAUAAUGGAAUAGUAAUAGAAGAUUUACUUGAAAAAUUGCAACAGCAUUUAAAAGAAGUAACAACUUCAAAAAAUCCACCGUUACAAGCUUUGCUUUAUACCAUACCAGUAUUUCAUAAUCCCACUGGAUGUGUGCUACCUGAAGAAAGAUGUCAACAGCUGAUUAAGUUGUCACGAAUGUAUGGAAUUACUAUAGUUUGUGAUGAUGUCUACAACCUCCUUCAUUAUGGGGAUGAUCCCACUUGUCCAAAACGGCUUUAUCAAUUUGAUGAUAAAUCUGAUUCUGAUUACAUUGGUAAUGUAAUAUCGAAUUGUUCAUUUUCAAAAAUCUUAGCACCAGGACUGAGAAUUGGAUGGAUGGAAGCUCCUGAAUGGAUUGUUGAAAAGUGCAAAGAUUUUGGUGUUUUGCACAGUGGUGGAGGUUUGAAUCCUUAUACAGCAGGCAUUGUAACUAGUUUAUUAGCAUUAGGAAAGCUGAAACCCCAUUUACAAAAAGUGAAAAAUAUUUACAAAACCAAUAUGGAGUCAGCUGCAGAACUUUUAAAAGAAGAAUUACCUUUUGGUUCUACAUUAAAGUCCUCUGCUUUGGGAGGCUAUUUUUUAUGGAUUGAAUUGCCAGCUGACAUCAGUGCAAGUAAUUUACUAAAUUUUUGUAAGAAAAAAUAUCAAGUAUGCUAUAUGCCUGGGUCAAGAGCCUCUUUUACCCAAAGCUUUGAAAAUCACCUGAGAAUAUGCAUUAGUUUUUAUCCUCUUGAGGUAUUAUUAUCUGCUGUUCGAAGACUUUGCCGAGCAAUUGAAGAGUUUCAGUCCAGGUUCAAAGAUGAUCCAAAUUUUUGGAAGAGUUAUGUUGAUUAAUGUUUAUUUGAAUCAUUUCUAACUAAACUUAGAUAUUUUAAAGAAUUUUUGUUAAGUUUUCAAUUAAAUAGUUUUUAAUAUAAAUAAUGUUGUAGUGAAUAAUUUGUUGUUAAUAUAUGUAUUUUUAAAUUGAUAAUUUUUGCAUUUGUACAAAUUUACACUUUUCAUUAAUGUGCUACUUCAAAUUCAAUUUAAAUGUGAUAGUCUUUAAGUCUUAAAAGUAAAUUUAUCAUAGUAGCUUUCAAACAAUAUAUUGUGAUAUUUUUACAAUGUCUAUAACAGUUUUAAAAUAUUUACACUUAUAUUAGAACUAGGCAAUGUCAAUUCGAAUUUUCUUAUUCUCUAUUUUAUCUAUAAAAAAUAAAAUUAUAUCAUAUAUAAUUGUAUUAUAAUCAUACCCUCCA